AUGGGCUUCCGCGCCACGGUGAUCGCCAAUCUGCUGAUCCCCGUGGGCAUAUUGAUCUUCUGCUCGGGCUUCUUCCCCUAUAAACCACUCAUUCCAGGACUGGCGACCCUGGAGACUGAAGAUGCAGCCCCUGCAAUCUUCGACAAGGUUAUUUUCAUGGUAGUUGACGCGUUGCGGAGCGACUUUGUGUAUUCAAAUGACUCGGGAUUUCAAUUCACGCAGAGCCUGAUUCGUUCUGGCGCUGCAUUGCCGUUUACUGCAUAUGCAAGCUCUCCAACCGUCACCAUGCCUCGGUUGAAAGCCAUCACUACUGGCUCUGUUCCAUCUUUCUUGGACGUAAUCUUGAACAUUGCAGAAUCAGACACUUCUUCCACGCUGGCAUACCAAGACACAUGGUUGGCCCAGUUGAAAGCGGCGGGAGGGCGACUGGUGAUGUACGGCGAUGAUACCUGGCUGAAGCUGUUCCCCGGGAUGUUUGACCGAGCAGAUGGGACAACCAGCUUCUUCGUGUCGGACUUUACAGAAGUAGAUAAUAACGUGACUCGGCACGUUUCCGACGAGCUUUCCCAAGACGAUUGGUCUGCCUUUAUCAUGCACUAUCUGGGGCUCGAUCACAUUGGACACAAAGCUGGCCCGAAAAGUCCCUUUAUGGUACCAAAGCAGCAUGAGAUGGAUAAUGUGGUGAAUGAGGUUUAUACCGCCAUACAAGAAGAACCACACCUUCAGUCCACACUUUUCGUCCUAUGUGGAGACCACGGUAUGAAUGAAGCUGGCAACCAUGGCGGGUCCUCUGCCGGCGAGACAUCUCCCGCUUUGCUUUUCAUGUCGCCUAAAUUUGAACGAUUGGGCGGCAAGGAGAGCCCUGUGGAACCGUCGGGAGAAAUGAAGUACUAUCAAACCGUUGAGCAGGCAGAUAUUGCCCCAACUUUGGCCGGGCUUCUCGGUGUUCCGAUUCCUUUGAAUAGUUUGGGUGUAUUCAUUCCAGAUUUCUUGGAAAUGUGGGAUCAGAGUUCCCACAAGAUUCGCAUCCAGUAUCAAAAUGCGAAACAGUUAUUGAAAACGGUUACGACAACCUUCCCAGGCGUUUCUUUCAAUCCUGACCACAUAGGACCAUGUGAGAAUGAGGCUACGUCGGGGAUUGAAGGUGCUCAAUGUGCAUGGGCUCGAACUCAACAGAUCCUCGCUGGCGCGGAAGAUGAUGACUUUCACAAAACAGCCAGUUCAGCCUUGUCACAGUUCUCGAAGACUGCACAAGAUGUAAUGAGCCGCACUGCGAGUAAUUAUGAUGUAUCCAGACUUGGCUUAGGACUUUCAGUCACCCUCAUUGCGAGUCUGUUCGUCUUCCCGGCCACGAUGCGGGGAAUUACGCGACAAAAGCUACCAGGGUCAUUUUUGACGAUCAUGAUCUUGACAUAUGCGCUCAUGAUGUUCGCAAGCAGCUAUGUGGAAGAAGAGCAACAAUUCUGGUAUUGGAUCUGUUCCGGAUGGAUAUUUUAUCUCCACCUCAAAUCCAACACUGCCAAAGAACGCACGCGCUCGGGAGCAUGGGCGUGGUUUGGACCAUCUAGCGUUUUGCUGCUUGCCAUCUGCCAACGACUUUUACGCCGAUGGAACCAAACAGGGCAGAAGUUUGCAGCGGAGCCUGAUAUUGCUCAUACAUUCUUUGGGCGUCAUCCAGAAGUCUUCUGGAUGCUCCUGACACUGACAUACAUCGAUGCCGGCCUCGGUCUUGUCCGCAAAGUGCGGCUUCAAGGGGUCCCAUGGCUAGGUGCCAUGGCUGCUUUGCUUCCUGCUACAUUGGCAUUCACUUUCAAGGUGCAUUUUGCGGCAUCGGAAUCACCAGAGCUCUUGGAAGGGACAUUUAUUUCCCAGAUCGUGGAGAGAUGGCCCUACAGUUUAUCCCUAGUGCUGCACGCCAGGCUUGUAUUCUAUGGACUUGCUAUUAUUGCCCUGGCAGCACUCCUCGGCGGGAGGCGCUCCAACUCUGCCAACGUAGUACACGGCAGUAUUCAUGGCGUCUUGCACAUCUUCCUCAUGACACAGUCCCGUGUCACGAAUGUGCCCAUGUUCCUUCUUUUCCGAGUGACUGCCAGUAUUCUUUCUGCCCUGGACCUCACGGGAAUGGAGGUCACCAUCACCACUCUGAUCUUCCAAUACAUGACCUUCUUCGCCUUCGGUGGCUCGAACGCCAUCUCUUCCGUGGAUCUUGCCAGCGCAUAUAAUGGUGUUGGCAGCUACAAUGUGGGGCUGGACACUGCCUACAACGCCUCCGCACUGCUCACCUUCCAUGUGGCCAUAUCCACGGCUUCUGUGAUGGCGGCGUGCACUGCACUCCGCACCCAUCUGUUCAUCUGGACCGUCUUUUCACCCAAAUAUCUCUACAGUAUGGCGUGGGCGACUGCCAAUCACGUUGCUGUCAAUCUAUUAGCCGAGAUAAUUUUUGCUUGGUCUCAAUAA